CCGAAGGGAUCGAAACGGUUGAAAAACCCUUGCUCCCCAAAUUCUUCCCCUCUCUCACUCUACUUCUUCCGAAGUCCCUCAUUUUCUUUGCUUACUUUCCAAUCCUUAUUAUUCAUCUUCAAUGGGCUUUUGAUCCUUCAACUAUUUAUCUCUCGGAGAUGGUUGCCGGUUCUCGAAUGGAAGGUGACGUCCCAAAUGAUUCUCCUCUCGUCCUUGUAACCAUUCGUAUCCGGGAAAUUGGGAAUUACUCUGAUGAUGAGAUAUACGAGGCCCUUAAAGAGGCCAACAUGGACCCUAACGAGGCGGUGCUGAAUUUGGUGAAUAAGGAGCCAUUUCAUGAAGUGAAGAGAAAAAGAGAAAAGAAGAAAGAGAAUACAAGGUCCAAGGAUUUGGCAGAGCCAAGAAAACCUAGUGAGCAUGCAGUUCAAGGGAUGAAGACAUCUAGUCAUGGAAUUCGAAGAGGAGGCAAUAGUCGUGGUUCUAUAUCUGGAGGUGGUCGGGAGUUUCGUGUUGUCAAAGACAAUAGAAUCAAUCAAAAUGCCAUUACCCCUUCACCACAAUGUUCAACAUUCACCAGUGAGCAUGUGAAAUCUAAUGCUUCUGAGAAGGGGCAAUCCCAGGAUACUAAUUCAAGUGGUACUACUGGAAAACUAAUGUGGGAGAAGAGACAGGCUCAAGUUCCAACAGGCAGGACACAGGUGCAAGCAUCUAAACCAGAUGAUUCUCUGCCAAAUUCCUUGUACCAAUCUCCGGAAGGGGUAUACUCAUCUUCUUCAGAUCCUGUUCAUGUCCCGUCUCCUGACUUGAGAUCAGCUGCUACUGUUGGUGCUAUUAAGCGUGAAUUUGGAGCAGUAGGUGUUCGUCGUCAGUCUGGUGAAAAUUUAGCGAAUCCUUCAUUUGGACAAAGCAUUUCUUUCUCAAACUCGCUUCUUGGGAAGGAUGGUAACUCUUCUAGGGAAUCAUUUCAACCUUUUACUACCACUAAUAAAAGUGAACAACCAAGUCAAGCUGCUGUACCUGAUUCUGUUGUGCCCAGCUUGCCAAUCAGCAGAUCUUUCUUGAGCAAUCAAUAUAGUAGCAGACAGCAUCAACAAGUUGUGGGUAAUCAAAAAGCCUCCCGGCCUAAUAAGGAGUGGAAACCAAAACUGAUCCAAAAAUCAAGCCUCAACAGUCAUGGAGUCAUUGGGACACCUGCAAAAUCUUUCCCCCAGCCUGCUGAUAAUCCAAAGGACUUGGAAAUAGAUGUAGCUCAGGUGCAAGAUAAGCUGUCACAUGUGAAAAUUUAUAAGAAUCAAAAUGUAAUCAUUGCGGGGCAUAUUCAAGUUCCAGAAUCUGACUGCUGUCAGCUGACCUUUGGCAGCUUAGAGUUGGCUUCUUCCAGGAAUUCGUCCGAAUACCAUGCAGUUGGAAAUGCAGAAAAUUCAUCACCAGAGCCUUCUACAGGUUUCUCAGCCUCUGCCCUAGAGUCCUCCAGUGAUGAAACUUCUGCGAGCAAGCACGUGGAUUUACUUGAUGGUCGAGUCCAAAAUUCUGGUUCUGAUUCUCCAGCAUCAGUUGCAGUAGCUGAACAUCAACUGCAUGAUACGAAAGAGUCUUCAAGUCCCCAAAAUUUGGGCAAUUAUGCUGAUAUUGGCUUGGUCCAUGAUAGCAGCACAUCCUACAACCCUGUAGAGUCACAACAGGAGAAAGAUCCUUCAGAAUUACCAAGUUUCUCUGCAUAUGAUCCCCAGACAGUUUAUGAUGAGUAUUUCAGACAAACAAUGGACGAGACUGUCCGCAGCCAUGGGUUACCUUCUCCUCAGGAGGCUUUGAGCUUGCAUACAGCCAAUGAUGUUCCGGCAUCAACAACAGCAAUGAUACAACAGCAACCACCACCAGUGGAGCAAAUGUAUCCACAAGUUCAUGUUCCCCCUUUUGCUAAUCUUAAUCUUAUGCCCUACCACCAGAUUCUUUCUCCUGUCUAUGUUCCGUCAAUGCCCAUGCCUGGCUAUUCUGGUAAUCCUACCUAUCCUCACUCCUCAAAUGGUAGUAGUUACCUGCUGAUGCCUGGAGGUAGCUCUCAUCUUACUGCAAAUAAUCUCAAGUAUAGAAUCCAACAUUUUAAGCCCGUACCUGCUGGCAGUCCCACUGGGUUUAGAAACUUCACCACUACAACCGCAUAUGCUGUUAAUGGUCCAGGUGUUGGCAGUGCAGCGGGGCUUGAAGAGUCAUCUAGGCUCAAAUACAAGGAUGGCAACCUCUAUCCACCAAAUCCUCAGGCGGAAACAACUGAGGUUUGGAUUCAGAACCCGAGGGAUCUUCCUCCCGGUUUGCAAUCGGCAUCAUAUUACAACAUGCCAGGGCAAACUCCUCAUGCUGCUACUUAUCUACCAUCCCACACUAGCCAUGCUUCCUUCAGUGCAGCACAAUCUUCUCAUAUGCAGCAGUUUUCAGGAUUGUACCAUCCUUCUGCUCAGCCUGCAGCAAUUGCUGGAAAUCCUCACCAUUUGGGUGGAGUUGGAAAUGUCGAGGUUGGGGUAGGGGUGGCUGCUGCAGCAGCUCCUCCUGGGGCCCAAGUUGGUGCUUAUCAGCAACCCCAAUUGGGGGGUCAUGUCAAUUGGACAACACGCUUCUGAUACUAAAAGAGAAUGUCGAGAAUUGGGCCUCUUGUUUGUAUGUAUGUGAUUGUUGUCUUUAAUGUGAAAUGGGCUCCUAAUUUAAUGCAUCAAUUCGGUGUUAAA